UAUAUUCACCAACAACAACAACAACAACAAAAAAUAAGUUAAACGACGAGAUUGUCCUUUUUGUGAGGAGCGGGGUGUUGAAUAGGAUGGGAGUGAGAAUUUGGGGUUGAGAGGGGUGGGGGUGGGGAGGGGAUACAUAUGAUCAUUCACUUAGAUUUGGCUCAAAAGGUGCUUCUUGGCCUUAGCAUCCGCGGAAACACACUUGCUGGCCUUGUUGCCUUCACACUUGACGGCAAUGACGGAAGUGGCACAAGCACUGACACAGGCUUCAUAGGUCUUGUCGCUGCAAACGGACGGCGUGAUGGCACCAGUCAUAUCAGCAGCAAGGCAGACGGGCAUGCUUUCUUGGCAGACACAGGCAAUGUGGUUGCUAGGCUUGCUGUGCGACAUGCACAUGUUGCUUGCAGCCUUCAAUUGUUCCUUGCUGGAGCAGUCGAGAAGGCCCUUGUCGUUCUUCGCACCAGUGCCAGCGGCAUGGAUCAUGCAGACAAACAUCAGCACAACAACCAAGGAUUUGAGGAUAGUUCCAGCGAUCAUCAUCGUUUCUUUUUCUUUGCAAGUAACGGAAAGUUAUAUACGGUGAAACAGGAAAAGGAAGAAAGGAGGAUAUGCCCUCUCUCUCUUUUUUAUAUGAGACACUCAGAAAGAAAGAGAGUAUCUGGUGAUUGAGAUGUUGUCUGCAUUCCAGUCUCUUUGCCAAGGUUGCUGUUGUGUCGUUUAAUAUACAAUUUUUUUUUUAGAACGUUCGUACGGAGUAGUAUUGCAGUGUCUAAACGACGUAAUAAAAGGGAACAAAACGUGGUUGCGGCGGUGUUGUUUGGCGUUCCACGCGCUUUCCAUUCCACAGUUGCUGUUGU